AUGGAGCAUCUGGCAACGGUGUUUGACCGCCUUCAACAAUUUGGCAUCGUUCUCAACCCGUCAAAGUGCGUCCUCGGUGUGCCCUCCCUAGAAUUUCUCGGUCAUCUAGUCGACUCCCACGGCAUUCGACCUCUUCCCUCAAAGGUUGCCGCCAUUCGGGUCUUUCCACCCCCUACCUCGAAGCGUCAGUUGCAACGGUUUCUUGGUAUGGUGAACUUUUAUCGCCGGUUUCUCCCAAACUGUGCCGACACCAUCCUACCUCUGACCAGUCUCCUCUCUGGUUCAAAGCGCACCUUUGAACUUACAUCAGCCGCACUCACGUCAUUUGAGCAGGUAAAAGCCCUUCUGGCUGAUGCCAACCUCCUGACUCACUUUCACGCUGAUGCACCCAUAUCUUUGAUGGUCGAUGCCUCCAAUGUUGCUGUUGGCGCGGUUCUUCAACAAAGUCUGCCGGAUUCUACCGUGCCUUUGGCUUUCUUCUCCAAGAAACUAUCCAAGGCCGAAACCCGCUACAGCACGUUCGGACGUGAACUUCUCGCCGCUUAUCUUGCCGUAAGGCACUUCCGGCACUUACUCGAAGGUCGAGAGUUCACAAUUUUCACUGAUCAUAAGCCACUCACGUUUGCAAUACAUUCCCACUCUGACAAGCUAAGCCCCCGGGAGAUCCGUCACCUGGACUACAUUUCGCAGUUCACUUCAGACAUCCGCCAUUUUGACGGGUCAAGGAGUGAGGUGGCUGACGCUCUGUCCAGGCGCUCUAUUGCUCAUCUUCAGCUUUCACCCGGGAUAGACCUCGCUGAGAUGGCCGCUGAACAACGCCGUGUCGGUCCACCCUGUGAUGAGGAUGUUUCCGGACUCAAACUUCAGGAACUACCACUGACGACUGGCAACGGCACCAUUUUAUGCGACGUAUCCACCCCUUCCCAUCGUCCGUUUGUGCCACCAUCUCUCCGCCGCAAAGUUUUCUCCUCCCUGCACAAUCUGUCUCACCCUGGGAGUCGAGCAACCGACAAGCUGGUUUCCGACCGCUUCGUCUGGCCUGGAAUGCACAAGGACCUGAAAGCAUGGACACGGGCGUGUCUCGGCUGUCAACGGAAUAAGGUCCGACGGCACAACAAAACUCCCAUUGGCACCUUCCCUACUCCGGACGCACGGUUCAGUCAUAUCCACCUGGACAUCGUGGGCCCCCUGCCUCUGUCCAAUGGCUGCUCCUAUCUCCUUACCUGCGUGGAUCGAUUCACCCGGUGGCCGGAAGCUAUUCCGCUGCCUGAUGUCGCAGCUCCAACGGUCGUCAAGGCUUUCCUCAGUCGUUGGGUUGCCAUUUUCGGUGCUUCCUCCAUUAUCACGACUGACCGUGGUGCCCAAUUUGAAUCUCACCUCUUCCAGUCUUUACUCUCCUUUUUAGGCUGUACUCGCAUCCGCACUACAGCCUAUCAUCCGGCAGCCAACGGGAUGGUCGAGCGGUUUCACCGUCAGCUGAAGGCCUCCCUACGCGCCGCAGACGAUCCGGAGAACUGGACAGACCACCUCCCCCUAGUCCUCUUGGGCAUUCGCUCCUCCCUCAAGUCGGACCUUGAUUGUUCUGCCGCUGAACUCGUGUUCGGUGCCACCGUCCGACUUCCCGGUCAGAUGAUCUCGCCAACCCCGCGAGUUGCAGUUGAGGAUCCCACCAACCUCCUGCAUCGCCUCCGCCAAUUCCUGCGGACACUUUCUCCGGUUCCGCCCAGGCAAUCCGUCUCCGAAUCUUACCUCGAGAAAGAUUUGGCGACAUGCUCUCACGUCUAUCUCCGAUGUGAUCGAGUCCGCCGGCCCCUGGAACCACCCUACGACGGCCCCUUCCGAGUUAUCUCUCGUGGGACGAAGAACUUCCGCAUCCAACGCGGCACUCGCGAGGAGGUCGUGAGCGUGGACCGUCUCAAAGCUGCCUUCCCGGACACUCCUCCGGAUGAGCCCUGUGGUCCCCUACCCCCUGCUCCGCCUCCCCGACCCUCUAUUCCACCGUCCCGUAUACUUCCUCUGCCCUCAUGUCCACAACUCCCAACUGCAACUACCCCUUCAUCAACAAACAACACUGUAACCGCGAGCCAUACUCACUCUAAUCCUGUGCCCCCUGUAUAUAUCACCCGUAGUGGACGCCAUGUUCACUUUCCUGACCGUUUCGUUACUCAUGUUUUUUAGACAUCAACAGUUCCUUCGGUAUCGCUACGCGCCACCUUCGGUCUAGCCGGGGGGUACUGUAGCAGUUCGCGUCUCCUCGCUUUCCGUCCUUGUCACGCUGCCCUCCUGUCCGCCUCACACUCCUUGCUGAUGCGCUGAUGGGAUGCGCGAGUGCUCGAAGCCAAUCAACGCUGCCCCCACUCUGAUUGGCUGGCGAGAUUGAGACAACGAAGGGCGCACACACGCGCUGACAACACCUCGAAGGCGGACACAGACAACAACUUGUCUGGAGAGCACACUUGCGGCGACUGCCCACACAGCCUUUGUGUGCACGCUUUCCAAGCUGUAAAGUUUGUCCAACUCAAACCGUCUUCCCUGACUGUUGAUUGGAAUCUUUAUCUCGUCGACCACAACAACUUUCGACAAUUAUCUUGGUGUUGGUUUUUGCCGAUUUAAGUUUAUUCAGUCUUCGCUGCAGGGGUGUGAGGUCUGGCGAAACGCAGCAGCGCCAUUUACGGCAGAAGUCUCUAGUCAUCUCCCUACUCGACAAGAUAAAAUCGACUUCUUUCAUGGAGAAAAGGGUAACUAGUAUCGGCGCAUUACGGCUAAGCGAGCGAAGUCGCUUAGCUUGUGCGACACUAAAACUCAAGCCACAACUUUGUAGGAUCAAAUGCGCUCCCUCCAUAGCAGAUAAGUGGCUCGGAAUGUUUCGCAGUACGAAAUUAUGCUUGCGUUUAAUUCGUUCCUCAGUUUCCGAACUUAUUACCCCAAUAAGUUUAAAAGCUUGUUCAAGCACUUUUUCAGAAGUGCUGUUUAUGUCUCCAUAAAUCAGCUGAUCGAUUAUUUCGCCGGCUGAUGGCCUGCUACGACUAGCAGAGGCGUAUUUUUGGACGACUGAAGGGUCGAGAGGUUCUACAUGUACUAAACGGAUUUGUGAGUUAAUCAGAUCUGCAGACGGCGAAGAACAUACGCUGGCGUCUGCCAUGUCUUCAGUCACGAUUUUAGCACCCAGAGACGGUGGGGAGGCCGCAAGCUUUCGCCUUUUAGCACGUGCUCUGCGGGGCAUUACUGACAAAAAAGUUUUUCGUUACAAAGGAGGAUCAAAACGUUGCCGACGUACGGAAACGCGCACUGAGUAGCAAGUAUUACUGUUUUUUAUCUACGAAACUAGAAAGCGGUAGUAGGGAAAAGAUUCACUACAAUGGAUUUUUUACAAAAUACGACUAGUUUGCCAGACUGUCAAACAUACUGGGAAAAAAUUUUACCUUAUAUAGAAAGGCGACUUUUAAAACGGACUCAAGUAAAAAACAGACAUUAAUUACUUAAGAAUAUCCAGAUAAAUGCAGAGCUUCACUUAUCUUUGAAAUUGAGCUGCGCGCCUUGACGCCUCCUGCACUUUGUCCAAAACCAAAAGAUAUCAGCGAUCCGAUGGGUGCCGAACUGCACGUGUUUUGCGAUGCCUCGGAAGUAGCAUAUGCUCACUUUAUUAACGACACAGGAGAUGCACACUGUUCAUUCGCUUAUUCGAAAGCAUGUGUUGCACCCCUCAAAGCCGUCUCUAUACCACGUUUAGAGUUGGCAGCUGCUGCUCUGGCUGUGCGCGUGACUGAUCUCAUCCGGUCAAGCACCGAUAGGUACUUCCAAACAAUGACUUUCUAGACCGAUUCUAUGAUAGUCCAUUAUUAUAUACACAAUGAAUCAAUCAGGUUAUGCACAUUUGUUGCCAACCGACUAGCAGUUAUACAUGAUCUGUCUGCGACCUCUCAAGGGGGAAACGUGAUUUAACUGAACUGAGUGUGCUGAGUCGUAAAGCCAACUUUAAUACGGCAGAUGCCAAACCAUCCGAAUUUAUUGCCGCACUUGAAGCCAUGUUGGUAAGAACCAGCGCGACCGACGAGGCUAAACACACCGUACGCCAGAAAGUCACCUCCCUACUGCUGACGAACAGGCCCAUCAAUAAUUUGUCACCAGCAGAAAUAGAAGCAAUGAAGGAAUUAAAAAUGGACAAAGAUAUAAUAAUGCUGCCAGCCGGCAAAGGAAGAGCAACCGUCGUGAUGAACUGCGUUGACUACAACGAAAAGGCACAAGCCCCCCUCGACGACCAACAGUCCUACAAGUCCACGCCUCCCUCGCGAGCCAAAUCGAUGAUUAGUCAACUAACUGGACUUCUGAACCGACUCAAGCGAAACAGGGAUAUAUCCCUAGACGAAUGGCGACAGAUGAAACCAACGGACACGACAUUGGCCCGGUUUUAUGGAUUACCCAAAAUCCACACGCCCGAUGUUCCCCUUCGACCGAUCGUUGCCUUGAACGGCAGCCCCACUUACAAUCUCUCCAAGUGGAUGGCCCGAAAACUUAACUUUCCCCGAGAAGGCUCAAGGACCUCCAUCAAUUCGGCCUCCCAAUUCCUGGCCGACAUCCGAGGAAAAGUUGUCCGACCGGAGCAGAUUAUGAUGUCCUUUGACGUGGUCUCAUUAUUCACGUCCAUCCCACCGGACCUGGCACGCGACGUUCUUCGCAAACGACUCGAAGAGAAUUACGACGAGACGAACAAACCCCUAAAAAUCGACCACUUACUGCAACUGUUUGCUUUCUGCCAACAAACCUUCUUCACCUUCAAUGGCAGAACAUAUGAGCCGAUCAAAGGAACGCCGAUGGGUUCGCCAAUAUCCAGCCUGGUUGCAGAACUAGUCCUGCAGGAACUGGAAAAAGUCCCCUUCGACCACUAUGAACGUGCAUUUUGGCGCCGGUACGUAGACGACACGUUCGUUAUAAUUUAAAGGAACAGACUGGCCGACUUCCAAGACCUGCUCAACGGCAUCUUCGCGGACACCCAUUUCACAAGGGAAGAAGAGCAUGACGAACAGCUGCCUUUCCUUGACGUUCUCGUCACACGCACACCCAACGGCGAACUCAACACCACGGUGUACAGAAAGGCGACUUCAUAA